AUGACUAUGCCAAGUCCUAAUGAAUCGAGGAAGCUGCUCUGGGACUACAUCUUCGUUGGCGGGGGUCUGUCUGCGUCGGUCGUAGCGACUCGUCUGCAUAAAUAUGAGCCAAGGCUCAAAAUCCUCAUCGUAGAGGCCGGGCCAAACGUCAAUAACCGAUCUUACCUCAGCGGGCCGCGCUAUGCCAACCUCCUUGGGGGCGAUUUCGACUGGAAGGACCACAGUACGAAGCAGUCAUGGCUUGAAGGCCGUACCGUCGAUCUGCCGGGCGGCAAGGCCUUGGGUGGAAGCACAGUCAUCAACGGUGCUGGAUGGGUUCGUGGCGAUAAGUUCGACUACGACGCUUGGGGCUCGGCGACGGGCGACGCGCGCUGGAGCUACGAUGGCCAGCUCCCCUUCAUGCGGAAGUCGGAGAAGCUCUUCAGCGAGACGAUGAACCCGGACAAACACGGUCUAGACGGGCCGAUGUCCAUCCAGUCAGUCACGUCGAAAAACAGGACGUUUCCUCUUCGCGACUACGCGCUGCAGGCCUGGGCAAAGGUCGGCAUCGACGCACUGCCCGUUCUGGACGGCAACGCGGGCAACCCUCUCGGCGUCGCGGAGUUGCAAGAGAACAGGGAAAACGGUCAGCGUCAGGUCGCCGCGGCUGCGUACCCACUUGACGGCAUUGAGGUGAUGACCGACACUAUGGUAGAGAAGGUAUUGAUCGAAAAUGGAGCUGGCGAGGAAGGUGGCCUCACGGCUGUUGGUAUCCUCCUGGCGAACGGCGACGAGAUACGCGGUCGCGAAGUCAUCGUGGCAGCCGGAGCAAUCCGCUCGCCGCAGGUCCUCAUGCUCUCAGGCAUCGGGCCCGCUGCCGAUCUGGCCAAGCAUGACAUCCCUAUCUUGCUCGAUAAUCCCGAGGUAGGCAACAACUUGGCGGACCACGGGAUAGCCUGGCACCCCUGGAAAGUAAAGGACCUGGCGGUGGGAAGGGCGCUCGGCUCUUCCAACCCCGUAUUCAACGAACCACAAUACGGCUGGGUUUUCCCGUUCGACUUUGUCGUUUCCACCGAUGUUCCUAAGGAGGGGCUCGCCGCAGCCAUUGCAGAGGACGAGGGCGCGAUUCCGGAUCCGGCUACCCAUCCGCUUCUCGCGCACGCGCGCACGUUCGUCGAACAUGUGUUGAUGUAUGCCGGCGCAGUCGACGGAUCUCUUGUCACGUUCGGGAUCAUCACCAUGCUCCCCACGGCUCGCGGGUCUAUCAGGCUGGCUUCGGCUCAUGGCCAGGACGCACCCUUGAUCGACCCCAACUACUUGGGCACGGCCGUGGACCGCUACGUCGCUCGUGAGGCUGUCAAGCUGCAGAUCAGGUAUGCCGGUAGCUACGCAACUGUCAUUGGACGCGAGAUACUCGACGGAGAGGCUGGGGCUCCGGGGUUCGAUGAGGUGUUAUCGAUUGAUUCUACGGAUGAGUACAUUGAUGCACGUAUACGCGCUGGCCUGGGGUAA